AUGCGCCAGAAGCUUGGCAUGUCUUCUGAGGAUCAUGCUGUUGCUGCUGGUCAGGAGGCCAGCACUCUUGAUGACCAUCAUCACAUAGGGAAGUCUCAAAACUCACCUUUGCACAUCACAUUCUUCUCCAAAAUGUACUCCCACGAUCCAGCUUGCACGGAUUUUGUACCAAACCUCAAGAUUCACUUACUUCACUGUAUGCAAUUGACUCUUCUCGCUCCUAUUGUUUCCGAGCGUCACCUUAAUGAUCCCUCACCAAACCAGCAACCUUCCAUUCAAGUCAUAUUAAAAAAUGACAGAAUAUAUAUUCACAACAUCUUUUGCAUCAACUACACAACAUACAAUAUCCGCCAAGCACAAGAUGUUGUUAACCCACGCACGGACCAUUGCAAUAUCAUGUUACUAGCUCCUCUGGAUGGAUUUGACACCAAUCUGCGACGCCCCUCCCACCCAUUCUAUUAUGCUCGUGUCUUGGGCAUUUACCACACAAAUGUUGUAUGUACUGGUCAAGAAGUCACAACUUAUUACACGUGUAAGAUGGAAUUUCUAUUCGUGAGGUGGUACAAAUUGUGCGGUCCUUUGAACAGAGAAACAGACUCAGGCUGGUACAAACUCAACAUGCUACAUUUUGUUCCCAUAGCUGAAGAUGAUGCUUUUGGCUUUGUCAACCCAGCCGAUGUUCUGCCGAGCUGCCACCUAGUACCAGCAUUUCACGAAGGGAAAUUACAUCCUGAUGGCAUUGGGAUGUCCAACUUUGCUCAGGAUGCACAAGAUUGGAAAAAGUACUAUGUUAAUUGGUUUGUAGAUCAAGACAUGAUGAUGCAGUAUCAUUGGGGCUUGGGGAUCGGCCACACAUAUGCCUGCGGUGAAGCAUCUGAAGGCAUCAACAGACUUGGGGUCUUUGCCACAAACGACUUCAUGGUGUUCCUACCCAGCAGCAGUAUGAUGUGA